AUGGAAAGGGCCUUUGCGCGUUUCGCCAAAACCCAGGUGGGUGAGUGCCGUCCAAUUGAGCACUGGACCAAAAUGGAGGUGGUUGCACAUACCACCUGCCAUGUGCAAUGUUCAGUGUGCAUGCUUAUGGGUGCUUAUAGGAUUCCCCAAUCUCGGUUGUUUGGCUUGAAGUUUCAGGGGUUCAGCUAUUUUCGCUGAAGGUCCGCAGCCAGAAAUACGUUAAGCGGAUCUUAACGGACAGGGCCAUAGCUUGUCAGUUAUCCCAGUGCUGCCAGUCAGUGUCAGCGAUACUGAGCUAAAUGGAACAAUGGUCUGGCUCGAUAUAAGGUAGCUUGAUAUAAGUUUCUUGGAUAGCUAUCUGAAAGCAUAGGCAAAUGUGACCAACUUGGCCAGGUGACUGGGCUAUUGUAGAUGAUGCCAGGCAAAGGAAUAUGUGGAGGAAAUGCCACAACUGUGGUGCCACCACAGAGAAGGCCCUUUCUCUGGUGGCCACCAGCUUCUCCUCCAAAGGUGGGCUGAUCUGGAGAAAAGCUUUCAGGUGAAGAUCUGAACAGAUUGGCAGGUUCAUAAGGGAACAGGUAGCCCUGGAGAUAUUUUUCUGCUUGGUUCCCCAGCUUGUGUUCAGCUCCCUGACAUAGCAGAUGCCAUUCGCCAUCCUCACACUACGCUCCCGAGCUCCGGCCCUAUCCGGAAUCAUAGAAUUUGUAGAGUAGGAAGGGACCACAAGGGUCAUCUAGUCCAACCCCUUGCAAUGCAGAAAUAUUUUGCCCAGCCUAAGUCUUAAACCCAUGACCCUGAGAUUAAGAGUCUCAUGCUCUACCAAUGGAGCUACAAUGGGAAAGGGACCAGGCCCUUCAACAGCUCCCUAUCAUCUUCUUUCCAAGAUGCAUCCGAAAUCGAGAAGCUGAAGGACAUAUUUGGCAGAAUGAUCUUUUCCCUGGAGGAGAAAAGCAUGGCGAAGGGUGGGUAUAGACUCUUCCAUCUUCUGUAUAGAACUCUGCAUAUUUAAUUGGAUUUAUCACCCACGCUUUCCCAAGGUCUCAUGGUUGCUAGUGGGAAUGUUCUAUUUUUUAUUUAUUUUUAAAAAAUAUUUUUAUUUAAUUUUUUUAAAAAAUAUAAACCUACAACAACAACAAAAUUCAAGAUCCAAAUACAGUAUUGAGAUUACUCUGAAUCUCCUGACUUUCCCCCAUCCCUUCCAUGGGUCCUAGUAAUAAUAUUUACAACUGCAUACCAAUACCAUCCAAGUUCUAUCCUUCCAAAUUAUCCAUACUUUAUGUUAAUUUACCAGUGUGGUUAAAAUUCUGCUAAUUUUUUAACCUGCUUACAAUGGUUUUGUCAAUAAAUUGUAAACUUCCUAUUCUUUUUUUAAAGCUCUUGCCCUCUUGAUUUCUGAGCUCCCCAGUUAAUUUUGCCAUUUCCGCAUAGUCCAUCAACUUGGUUUGCCAUUCUUCUCUGGCUGGGGUUGUUUCUUCCUUCCAUCUCUGAGCUAGUGGCAUCCGUGUGUGUGUUGUCACAUAUGUGAACAGUCUUCUCUGGUCCUUUGGUAGCUUGGUACCUGUAAUUCCCAAUAAGAAGGCUUCUGGUUUUUUGUUAAAAAGCUAGUGGGAAUGUUCUAGAAGAGUAAAGGUAAAGGACCCCUGGACAACCGUCCAGUCCAGUCAAAAGCGACUAUGGGGCUGCGGCGCUCGUCUCACUUUCAGGCUGAGGGAGCUGGCGUUUGUCCACAGACAGCUUUCUGUGUCAUGUGGCCAGCAUAGCUAAACCGCUUCUGGCACAACAGAACACCGUGAUGGAAACCAGAGCAGCACACGGAAACACCGUUUACCUUCCUGUCACAGUGGUACCUAUUUAUCUACUUGAACUGGCAUGCUUUCGAACUGCUAGGUUGGCAGGAGCUGGGACAGAACAAUGGGAGCUCACUCUGUUACAGGAAUUUGAACCACCGGCCUUCUGAUUGGCAAGCCCAAGAGGCUCAGUGGUUUAGACCACAGUGCCCCCCACGUCCAGGGGUCCUUUACCUUUCUUUACCUCUAGAAGAGUAGCCAUGCCACAGCACCCACAGCACGUAGAACAUAGAAUUCAACCGUGCCCUAAAGGUCACAUCCGCACCAUAGCUCCGUCCAAACAAGAAUCCUGGGAACUGUAGUUCAUCCUCUCACAGCACUACCAUUCUCAGCAUCCUUAGCAAACUAUUGUUCCCAGGAUUGGGGUAGAGGCUAUCGUGUGGAUGAUGGCAGAAGCCUCCUUGAACUAGAGCCUAUUUUCUCUUUGUGUGACCAUUGAAUUAGCUUUAGUGCAGGACUGGAUAACCUGUGGACCUUCGUUGGACCACAGGUCCCAUCACUCCUGACCGUUGGCCACAUUGUCUAGGCCUGAUGGGAUUUAUAGUCCCACAGCAUCCCCAUCUCUGCACAGAAUCCAGCAUUCUCCCAUCCGAUGGGUCUUGGACUGCCACUCCCAGCCCAGCUGGGCAGCGCUGUUUGGGCUUGAUAGUAUGAAACAAGGAUGGGGAACCCUUUUUCAGUGUGAGGACUGUAUUCUGUUCUGCGCAACCAUCUGAGACCUAGUGAUAUGCAGGGCCAGAAGCAAAAGCAGGCAGAACAACUAAUACAAUGUUUACCUUUCUUCAGCACGAACACAUCCUCUCUAUCUUCAAUCCAGGCAAGCAAAACGUACUAUCAAAGUCAAAUGACACAUUACAGCCAGGCAAUGCCAGAUAGGGGAGACUUCUGAGGGUCAAAUGCACCUAGAGGUCUACAUUUGGCCCCGGAUCCAGAGGUUUGCCACCACUGGUCUAAAACAUCUGGGCAGCACUAGGUUGGGGGAAGGCUGAUCAAGUACAUAUACUUUUCUUCCGCAAUAAAUUUCCUGUAGUGUUAAGUCUAAAAUUUACAUGUCAAUACAGAACUUGCUCUUUUAAAAAAAUUGUGUGUGCCCUCAGCUCCCGUGGACUUGGGAGCAUGUCCUACUGAUUUCAAUGGGGGCUUACUCUCAGGUAAGGCAGCACAAUAUCGGACCCAUAAUUGCUUUCAAGGGUUCAUGUCUCUUAAAGACUUUGCAAUAUAAAAAGCAAAUUGGGGUUAUAAAUGGUUCCACGAGGGCACUGUGAGGGAGAGGGUAAGGCAGAAAAUAAGCCAGGGCUGUCACUUUGUAGAAUCAGUGCUUUUUUUUGUGGGGGACGCAGGGGUAUGAAUACCCCUAAACAUUUUGUGAAUCUAAUUUUGGCCUCAUUGAGGGGCAGUAUUUCAACAUGAGCAGGAAAAUGAGAGUACCCCUAAACAUUUUUUUUAGAAGAAAAAAAAAAGGCACGGUGUAGAAUAAUUCUCAGCUGCUUAAUCUUUAAGUUGAUUUCAGGCUACAUAAAUAUGCAUAUCAGAAAAGAACAGUGGUUCUAAAGAGGGGGGAAAUCUUCUGGUUUGUGCUUCAUUGGGUGCCCAUUUCCAUAGCUCCAAAAACGAGAACAUAAAUCUGCCUUAAAAUGUGGACCUAAUUCACGUGUACAGAUAAACUUUUGGGAAGAAUUGCUGUUGUUUAAAUGCAACCACAUCUCACCAUAGCAGGGGAAACUGAAAAGGUUAGCCAUGUGCCUGCUCAGUCCUUGAGCUGGGAAGCUGGCUGUUGUUAGGCAACUUCAAGGUCCCUACUCUCCUUUCCCAGAGUUCUUUAUCUGUAAAAGCACAUAGCUAAACUGUGGAAUUCACUAUCCCACGGGAGUCAGCGAUGGCCACAAACGCACAAUACAUUUAAAACAUAAAUAUAAAUACAUUGCAUGAUUAUACCAAAAAAACAGAACAAAGCAGACCCCAUAACAGCCACAGGAAGGUUUGUUGUGGUGCACUGGUAACAAAACAACACCAUCUUAGUCUAUCAAAAGCCAGGUGGGGGUGGGGAGGGGAGGGGAGAUAAGCCCUUCCUUAGCGCCCAAAAUAUGUCAGCGGUGGCAAUGCUGCAACCCUAACAAAAGAAAAGAAAAGCCAUUUUUAAAAACCCCACCUGUCCCAUGUAUGGAGAACAAGAAAUUAUUCUGAAUAUUUAAGGUAGGAAAGGUGAUUAGACGUUGAAAUCAUAAAAUUAUAUAAUUGUAGAGGUGGAAGGGACCCUAAAGGUUGUUUGGUUAAAUUCCCUGCAAUGCAGGAAUCUUAGCUAAAACAUCAAUGACAGAUGGCCAUCCAACCUCUGCUUAAAAGCUUCCAAGGAAGGAGAGUCCACAACCUUCUGAGGGAGACGGUUCCACCACUGAACAGCUCCUACCAUCAGAAAGAUUUUCCUGAUGUUUCGUCGGAAUCUCCUUUCUUGUAACUUGAAGCCCUUGGUUGGAGUCCUACCUUCCAGAGUAGGAGGAAACAGGCUUGUUCCCUCUUCUAUGGGACAGCCCUUGAGAUGUUUGAUGGUGGCUAUCAUAUCUCCUCUCAGUCUCCUCUUUUCCAGGCUGAACAUUCAGGGAAGGAAAUAUGUGGUGGGGCUUAGGAAAGAUACUUCCAUUUACAGUAAGAUUGGCCAGUUUCUUGGCUCUAAGGGACAGGGAGAGUAGAAUGGAUCCUGCAUUGGCCAAAGAGUGCUGCCCAACCUUCUCCAGUCCGGAAUUCUCCAUAGGUUUUGGAUUACGGCUCCCAUUACCCAUGCUGCCUGGGGCUGGAGGGAGUUGUAGUUGUUCUGAACCACAGGCCCAAAGUGCAAACUCUGGUUGUCUGCUAAACUUCUGAUGCACUGUUCUGAAUCGCAGACCCAAAGUUGGGUUUGUGGGGGUGAUUGGGUACAGGGAUGUCAGAAACAUCAGAGCAAUCAAUUCCAGUACUUUAUUAAAGAAGGUGCAGACUUAAAGCAAAUCAGCCUGCCAGGUAUCCCAGCCUUUACAGACUGUGAGACGGACACUGCAGCAAGGCGAUGGCUUGUCCCGUGCAAACAAUCAUACAUUCUUUAUACACAAGGCAUCAUAGGUCACUUGGGCCGGCUGUUCCCAUAAGGGCAUACGUGGCAAACAACCCGAAUCUUGCAGGUAGUUCCCUUUCUGGGCUCAGAGCCCAGCAUCCCAAGCCCACAGAUGCAUCAAAGCCAGCCAAUUAGCCUGUAUCAAAGCAAGGGAAUAGAAACAUGUAUAGUAUGAGCUCACGAUUACAACUACCCAUUAAUUGUGGGGUUAUUUUGAUUGCCAAGAUGGCCUUUUGCAUCCAAAGGAAUAACUUGACACCCUUCUCCAUCUGCCCUCAUAGUGCCUUAUCCCCUGGCAGUUAAAGAAGCUGAGAAGCAGGUUGAAAAAGAGAUGGCACAGCUCAAAGCAGGUAAUGUAGAGAUAUAACUGGACGCGGGGCAAAGGUGCUGUCUUAAAGCUGCCUGUUCCCUCUUUGGAGUCCGCAAACGUUGUUCCCUCCACCACACAAUCUCCUUUUCUAUCUCCAACUUGGAGAUAGCUUUGCAUCCGCGACUAACUGAGCGUAGGUUUUGUCUGGCUGGGUGCAUUAUCAUGUUCCUGGAAAAUGCAAGUAGAUCUCCUCUUGUAAGUCCCACAAUAUUUUGCUGGUGUCUCAGCCUUUAUUGUGGCUAUUAGAUGUGAUAGCGAAAUCAGGCUUGUAAACAAGCCCAUAGAAGUUAGUAGCCUGUGGAAAUAUUUACCAGAGGAUGGCCAGACAGCUCCACCAGCCUGUUGCGUUUCCAUGCUAGGCAUGGAGAAAGGUGCUGGAGUUGCUUUGAUAUUACUUGGACAAUCUUAAAAGGGGAUUCGAUGAAUUCAUGGAGAUUAAAGGCUAUCAGUGGCUCCAGCUACGCUCUCCCUCCAGUGUUGGAGACAAUAUAUGAAUACCAAUUGGUGGAAAUCACAAGUGCAGAGAGCACUGUUGACUCAGAUCCUGCUUGUGAGCUUCCCAUAGGCAUCUGGUUGGCCAGAACAGGAUGCUGGACUAGGUGGGCCAUUGGCCUGAUCCAACAGUUUCCUUCUGGCAACCCACUUGCUUUUACACUGGACAAGAGGAAAAACAGAACACUCCAUUGCUUUUCCUCCUCCAUCACCUUCUCACUCACUUGCAUGGAAUUCAUUCUUGCUUACCACUACCAGGCUAGUGCUUAAUUACAAGGCUGAAUAGACCCAUAAGUUUCUGAGACUGUGUACAAUGGAAUAAUGAUUGCUCUGAGGCAAACAACAGGAGAGGUUUUCAUGUCCAGCGCACAGGCUUCACAGAAGUAUCUGGUUGAUUGCUGGGGUAGAAGUGGGGAUGUGAUUUCGGCUGGUCCUGCCCUGCGGCGGAGCUGAAGCAGCCAGAAGCGGUUUAGCCAGAUAGAUAAAGGCAGGAAGUGGUGCCUGAGUGAUAUAAUAAGACUUUUUAAUGGGUUGACCCUUGAGGGGAGGGCAUUUGGACUCCUCUUCAUGUGGUAAAUGUUUGAAUAGAAUCAAAGGCUAGAUGGACCUUUGUUCUGACCCAGCAGUGUUGAUAGGUUCUUCUACAAGAAGGCUGACUUACCCACGGCCCUCCAGAAGUUGUUGGUCUCCAACUCCAACCAGCCCCAGCCAGCAUGAAGGAUGGGAAUUUGUAGCCCAGCUAUGUUUGGAUGCCUACAGAUUCUCCACCCAUACGUUCAUCCAAUACAAAAGCUCAAGGUGGCCUGCAAAAUUGCAAUAAAAAAUAAAUUAAAAAAUGGGUAAUAGAUGAGAGUUGGCGUGGUGUGCUGAACCAGGACCUGGGAGAUCAGGGAGAUCAAGUCCCCUACUCAGUCAUGAAGUCCACGGGGCAACCACAGAUCAGUCACUGUCUCAGGUUCAACCUACCUCACAGGGUUGUUGUGAGAAUGAAAUGGGGGUGGGGAGAGAAGCAUGGACGACACCUCAGUUGAACUUAUGGGAUGACAGGUGGGAUAAUAAUACAGUGGACGCUCGGGUUGCAAACAUGAUCCAUGCAGGAAGCACGUUUGCAACCCGCAGCGUUCACAACCCGCGGCGCACACGCAGGUUGUGAUUCGGCGCUUCUGCGCAUGUGCGAUUAACACUUCUGCGCAUGCGCAAGCACCGAAACCCGGAAGUAACCCAUUCUGGUACUUCCGGGUUUGGUGCUGUGCGCAAGCCCAAAACGCGCAACCUGAAGCGUCUGUAACCCGAGGUAUGACUGUAACAACAAUAGUUUAAAAUGUAAUAUAAAUGUAAUAAACAAGCAAACAAAUAAUGCAAUUUCCUCUCCUCCUGUACAGCUCCAGCCUGCAUCCCACCGUGUGGUGAGUGCCCAAACCUACCGCUUUCCUAGCCUAUCCUCGUUGCCCCUCCGUUCCAGCUUCCCUCCCUGGCUUCUGCAUCUAUUCCCAUCGCACUCUUUCAUCUUUCUCCAGGGUUCCAGAAAGAGGCUCGCCAGUACCGAUGCUCGUCUUGCACCAUGGUGGACUGCUCACUGCCCAUCGAUUGCCCGAGUACAUCCCUCUUGGUUCUUCCUUGAUUUUCGGGGUCAGGGAUAUUUGCUGGCCCAGGUGGUGGAAAGAUUCUGUGCCAACCGUACCAAGAAGGAACUUGCACUGAGAGCUAUGGAAACCACAGAGAUGUGGGAGGGGAGAAUCGUAGAAUUGUAGAGUUGGAAGGAUAAGGAAAGGCCAUAGCUUAGUGGUAAGACACAUGCUUUGCAUACCAAAAAAUCGUGGGUUCAAUCCCUGACAUUUAAUCCCUGGUAUCUGAAGAAGCGUGCAUGCACAUGGAAGCUCAUACCAAUAAUAAACUUAUUUGGUCUCUAAGGUGCUACUGGAAGGAAUUUUUUUAUUUUGUUUUGGCAUUUACAGAUCGGGAUAGGGAGGGGCUCCUGUCUGAAACCCCUAAAGAGCCACUGACUAAAGCUUUGAUGUUUCAGGGGGGCUUCCUAUGUUCCACAUUGCCCUGGUGAAUGAUGUGCAUCAAAUUGGGCUCACAGCUUAAUAGGAGACUUAGGUUGUGUACAUUUCAGGGGUGUUGGACUAGAGGACCCUUGGUGAUCCCUUCCAACUUGGUGGUUCUAUGAUGAUUCCAUACCUGUGUAAAGUACAUUUGAAAUAUGUUCUUUUGCUCAGAAGAAUUCUGGGCACUGUAGUUUGUGACCGCUGGUAACUGUAACUCCAUGAGGAGCAAACUAUCUAUUAUUGAUGUCUUAAACUGGUAUACUGACCUUCGUCUGUAGAUCUCAGGGCAGUUCCCAACAUGUUUUGAAUGUGCUUUAAAGGGAUAGCGCGUACAAAGCCACAAUGUCUCUGAGCACCAUCUAGGAUGAGAAAUGAUUUCCCCAAUCUGACUAGCUCUGCUGAAAAAUAUAUUAAUUUGAUUCUUUCUCCUCCCCGCUCCCCAAUUCCUCAUCUCCCAACCUCCCAGUUCAGGAUGUGCAUAAAUCUGAAGGGGACGUGACACUUCUCAGCUGCGGAGUUAAGUUUGAGAUUCCUGAAGACGCAACUUUCCGAUGGAAAUUUGUCAAGGAAGUAAGUGACUCUUGCGUGGUUGAAAUGGAGCCCUCCUCCCUAAACCCCCUGCUUGUGAGGUAGCAGAAGAUUAAAUGUUCCUCAUGAUGUCCCUUGUUCAAAGGUGCUUUGAGCAAGGUUUUUGAUGAAGCCAUGCUUAGGGCUUUCCUUAAUUCCAAGUGUGUCUCCACUGAUUUGUGGUGUAGUCCUGCAAAUUGUCAUUCAACGGAAAUAACACGAAAUCCAAUGCAAGUCUAACAGUUUGGAGCCCUCACUGCAAGGAGGACUGUGUUCCUGAGGAGGGGUGAGAAUGCUUUUGUGUAUGUGUAAGUAGCCCAAUAAUAUAUAUACUCACACAGCAGAAUAGCGCUCAGUCUGCAAAGAGGAUCAUCCCCUGGCAGCUGAAACUGACUGGUCUCAAGACAGUCUUGAAAAUGACUCUGAAACCGAUCAAGAAGUCUGGUAUCGUUUCAUAGAACCAGUGCCGGAUUUACAUAUAAGCUAAACAAGCUAUAGCUUAGGCCCCCCAAAAAAAUUUAAAGGAAAAAACCUGGAUGUACAUUUCCAAAAUAUAAGACAAAAAACAAAUAAAAUAAAACCUACAUACAGCGACAGUGUUUUGUGUUGUGUAGGCUCCUAUUUGUUAUGUGCAAAUGGCUUUAGAUACCUAUUAGGUCCAUAAAUUACCAUAUAGCAUAUAUUCAACACAAAAAACAGUGACAAUUUGUUGUUGACAAAGGACAGCUGGACAUAUAAAGGGCCCCAUUACCUUCAGUAGCUUAGGGCAUGGGUAGGCAAACUAAGGCCCGGGGGCCGGAUCCAGCCCAAUCACCUAAAUCCAGCCCAUGGACUGUCCAGGAAUCAGCGUGUUUUUACAUGAGUAGAAUGUGCCCUUUCAUUUAAAAUGCAUCUCUGGGUUAUUUGUGGGGCAUAGGAAUUCAUUCAUUUCCCCCCAAAAAAUAUAGUCUGCCCCCCCCCCACAAGGUCCGAGGGACAAUGGACCAGCCCCCUGCUGAAAAAGUUUGCAGAUCCCUGGCCUAGGGCCUCAUCAAACCUAAACCUGGCCCUGCAUAGAACCACCAUCUAUUUCUAGAGACAAUGCAUCUGUGAUCCCUAGAUGCAAGCAGCAACAAUAAGCCAUCGCUGUCAAGGUCAAGGGGGCCCUGUUUACUUGCAAAGACACCUGGCUUCCUGCUUGCUGGGAACAGGAACAUUGGUGUACUUUUUCUGUGGCCUUGCAAGCCUGCACAGAUAGUCCUUGGACAUUCUGUAAUCUGCACAAGCGAUCACAAGCUCUCAAAAUGCAGUUUAAAGGCUACGGCAAGGAUGAGAAACCUUUUUUCCCCCAGCUGGAGGUCCACAUUGACUUCUGAGCAGGCUUCUGGAGCUACUGGUCGGUGGGGACAAAGGCAGAUGUGGACAGAGCGAGAAAGGCAAAUUUUGUGUUUGUGCAGGAGGCUCGUUCCUACAAACACCCUUCCCUUUCUUUAAUCCAGGAAAGCAAAAGGCAUUAUCGGAGUUGAAGGACACAUUCCAGCUGAGCAAAAAAUGCUGGGGAGGAUGCGAUGCAGGAAUAGCAGAUGUGGCCUGGGGAGAGGGAGGGUGUAGAGAGGCGAGUUUUGGAAGCCAAACAGAGAAUCUCAAAGGGUAGUAUUUGACCCGCACACUCCUACCCCCGGGCUUGAGGUUCCCUGCUCCUGAUCUAAGGGAAAGGGCAAUAUUUGUGUGCCUGAAGUGGAACUGCACACUUGAAAAGACACACACACACACCAGGUUUUCUCCUUGAGAAAAUAAUCUAUACAGGUCCCCCUAUAUUCCAUCACCCGGGGAGAAAGACAGAUUCACUUAAGAUUUGGGGGGGGUGAUUUUGAACAGAGAAAUGGCUGGGAAGGAAAAGGUUCAGCAGCCCCCACACUAGACAAUCUGCAGGCACCUACAGCUAGUUUGCCUGGGAAAAUAAAUUCCUCAGGAGAGCUGAGUGUGGGUGCAAAAUCAUGCAACUACACACUAUGGGUUGCAGUCGACUAACUUUUACUCAAAGUUGGACCCAUUUGAAUGAACGGGUCUCAUUGGGUCGUGGCCAUUACUUACAGCGGGUCCUCUUGGAAUAAAAGUUAGCUGAAUGCAGUUUCUCCUGUGUGCAGUUCCUCCUUGACAAGAAGGUUCUCCACACCUGGUUGCAAAAAAGUGUUCAGAGGAUCCACCAGGAUUCGCCUCCAUCCAGGUAAGAAUCUGAGGAAACACCUGAGGGAGAAGAGUCGCAGCAUGGCUGCUUUACGUCAUUAAAAACAGUCAUAAUCAUGACUGCAUGAGAGGCACACCAUAUUCAGAGUCAUUUUUGUCCUAUCCCUUUAUUGUUGUUACCAUCGAUUUAUCAUGAAUCCUCUAAACCGCUGUCUGAAAGCAAUUUACAUAAGCAAGAUACAUAAAAAGCAGCUACAAAUGUGAAAACAACAAAUAUAUUUAAAAUGAGUCCAAAAUCCUAACAAGGAGAGACCCAUUCAACCAUCUGGGAAAGGCUGUCAGAACAAAAAUGUCCUUGAUUGUUUCCAGAAAGUACUGAUAGUGGACACCUGUCAUAUCUCAGCAGGGAUGUUAUUCCACAGCACAGGGGCAGCCACAGUAAAGGCCCUGCUCCGGGUUACUGCCUAGGACUUGUAACACUACAUUUCCCUUCCUUCCUUCUCUCACCCCUCUUCUCUUUCCACUUCUCCACCUGCAGAUCAGAACCAACAAAGUUUUCCUCUUCCAAGACCUGAACUUUGGGUUCAAUCCUUCCCUCCUUAUCCGCCCCACCCUGGGAUCCCACCAUGGCACUUUCGCCUGCCAGAUCGCCGGGGAGGACGGGGUGCUGGUCAGGAAGUUCUUCUACCUCAACGGUGAGGGGUUGGGGCUUGUGGCACAAAUAGGCUCCUCAGAAAAGUCCAGUUGUUUUUGGCUGGUGAGGCCUAACCCACCUUAUUUCUGCGACUGCAAGUUGCUUAAAAUUGCUUUAAAUAUUGUGCUUUAACCUGCCCUGGGACCUCAAGGUGAAGGGCGAAUUAACAAACAAGCAAUGCAUGGAGUGGCUGUGACCUUUGGUUAUACAGUGGUACCUCUGGUUACGAACUUAAUUCGUUCUGGAGGUCUGUUCUCAACCUGAAACCAUUCUUAACCUGAGACACCACUUUAGCUAAUGGGGCCUCCCGCUGCUGCCGUACAAUUUCUGUUGUCAUCCUGAGGUAAAGUUCUUAACCUGAGGUAUUACUUCAGAGUUAGCGGAGUCUGUAACCCGAAGUGUCUGUAACCCAAGGUGUUUGUAACCCGAGGUACCACUGUACCUGGAUAGGGCCAGGAGGCAAAUGAUGUCGCAGCAAUAAUAUACAAUAAUAUACGAAGGUAAAGCUUUCCCCAUCACUGUGUGCUUGGGAUUUUUGAUUAUUUCCUGCGCAUUUGUAACCCGCCCUUCCUCCAAAGAUUUCAGGAUGUGGUUCAUCCUGCCCUUUAUCUGAAAUGGAUAAGGCUGAAAGGCAAUGAGAGCUCCAAGGUCAUCUGGCAAGAGUUUCAUGCCUGAGUGGGGGUUUUUUUUGAGCCUGACUCUCUCCCCUUUCCUUUUUGUGUAGGUGGGUGAUUUCAACCAGAAUUGCUCCAUCAAAAAGCGUUUGCUCAUCAAAAAAGCCUUUUAUUUGGCUCUCCCCAUUCUUGAUCCUGUGCCCUGAGCACUGCGCCAUGAUGUUGCUAGGGGCAGAAAACCAGACUUUCUUUAAAAAUAAUUAAAAAAUAAUGACUUUUUAAAAAAUUGAUUGCGUUUUUGCCUGUUGCUCAACUAUUUAAUAGACAGGAGUUUCUCUCCCUAAAAACCUGGCAACCACGGACUAAAUAGCAACACGUUGAAUUUGCCACGUCAAAUUGGUACAAAAAGCCUUUUGACAAAUGCCAUGUAAAGUUGAUUCCACACUUGCAAGAAACUGAUCCUUCAGUAUGGCUUUAGUACUCCCUGCUCAUUUAUAUUAGGCAGGUGUUAUUGCAGUCUUCUUUUCAGUGACUGCUAAAAAAAAUUGUGUUUAAGCAAGCCUACCCAGACAUAUAAAUCUGGCAUGUGUGUGUUUUCAUACUGUUUAUUUAUUUAUUUUUAACUCCUGGUUUUCUUUUCAUAGAAUCAUCGAAUUCUAGGAAAGGGACCCCAAGGGCCAUCUAGUCCAACCCCUUGCAAUACAGUGGUACCUCAGGAUACGUACUUAAUUCGUUCCAGAGGUCCAUUCUUAACCUGAAACUGUUCUUAACCUGAAGCACCACUUUAGCUAAUGGGGCCUCCUGCUGCUGCUGCGCCACCGGAGCACAAUUUCUGUUCUCAUCCUGAAGCAAAGUUCUUAACCCGAGGUACUAUUUCUGGGUUAGCGGAGUCUGUAACCUGAAGCGUAUGUAACCUGAAGCGUAUGUAACCCAAGGUACCACUGUACAGGAAUCUUCAAUGACAGAACCAUUUAGCCAUUUAAGGCCAACCUUUUCCCUAAUUCAUUAUUUUAUUGGUAACUUAAUGUGUGUUUUGUACUUUGCGUAAACCGCUUAGAGGUUUUGACGACUAAGCGGUAAAUCCAGUGCAUCGUUAACCCGUGGAACUCCCUGCCACAGGAGUCGGGGAUGGACAAAGUUGUGGAGGGAGAAGCCCAUCAAUGGUUACCAGCCGCGAUGUCAGCAUUCUGCCUUCAUGGUCUGAGGCAAUAAUGCUUCUGAAUGCUAGCUGUUGUGAAUCACAAGUAGGGUGAGAACUGUUGCACUCAGGGCAUGUCCUAUAGGUAUCUGGUUGUCCACUGUAAGGGCAAGAUGCUGGACCACUCGCCUGACCCAGCAAAGUUCCUCGUAUGUUCUCAAAUUCAAUAAGAUAUAGCAAGGUUGGUCUUUCAAUGGCGAUUUGGCUAAGUGGCUUGGACUUUCCCCUCUCCUCUGCAGUGACGGAGAAGAGACUUCAUCUGGAGAAAGAGUUGCAGGAGAUGUUCAAAGCCAUCUUGAACCCCCCGCCGAUGGUAGAGGUUGCGGGCGAAACAUGGGGAGAGGAGGUGCAGACCAACCUAACCGAGUCAGAGAUGCCGUCCUUGGAAGAGAUUCUCUCUGGGCCAGACUUCCUCCACAAGAAGGUCGUUGUCUUCCUCAUCGUGGGGAUAGCCAUGCUCUCAACGCUGGCCACUAUGAUAGCAAUGUGAGUUUCGUUGCAGUUCUUCCUGCACAGAGGGCUGGGAUUCCAAAAUAAAGUGACUUGCUUUAUUUUAUCUCGCAUUCUGUUCACCUCAUUUUACAUAUAAAAACGAAAAGUACUGAGGCACCAGUUUCCUUGCCUGGAAAAACCUCAGCUCAGGGGUAGAAGAUGUGUUUUGCACAUAGAGUUGUCCAAGCUUCAGUCUUUGGAGAGCAACUUCUAUAAAAGUAGACAAUACUGAAAACAAGAUGGACAAUGAGUGUAAGAAGAUUGCUGGCAGGGUCAGCUCAGUGGCCAAUCUCACAGUGGCUUGUCAAUUGAUUAAAACUAGUAUCUGUUUAAUAACCUGCCUUUUAAACCAACUAACUGAUUAAAUCUAAGGGUGUCACCUGACUAAAUAAAUUCAGGGUUGCAAAACUACACCCAUUUACCAGGGAGUUAGCCCCACAGAGUAAACCUGCAUAGGAAGGCCAUUGAUCAACGAACUGAUUAAAUCUGCUCAAAUCUGCAUAUGAGAAACACCCAUUUUCAAGGGGGAGAAAAGAUCAUUCCUGAUUUUUUCCAGAUAAGGUUGGCAUACCCAAAGAAGAUGCGUUUGCCUCCCUCCUCAGACACAAGUGGAAGAAUGGUGCUCACCAUCUCAAGUGUGUUGUAAAUAAGUUAUAUUAAACAGUGCUUUUUUAUCCCUGAGGGUACGCAUACCCCUAAACAUUUUGUUUAAGUUUGGCCUCAUUGAGGGGCAGUAUUUCAAUAUGAGUAGAAAAAUGAGAGUACCCCUAAACAUUUUUUAAGGAAAAAAAGCACUGAUAUUAAAAAUUAUGAUCGAAAAAUAAGCAAAUAAAUUCUAACACCACAUAUUUAGUGCCAGGUAUAUUUUUUAAAAAAAGAUAGUUCCAGCUGGCUAAUAAACAAAACAGUUGCAACUCUAAUUAAAUAUAUUUUAUUGCAUAUUACUGCGAUAAACAACUCAAUAGUAGCCAAUUUGUCAAGCAUCAGCUACACUUGCUUUGCCAUUCAAUAAAAAGAAUUUUGCUCCCCUGAUUUUCAGGUCAGUGGAAUCAAAGUUCUGAAGCAAAUAAAUAAAUAAAUGUUUUUCAGACAGAUCCAUCCAUUCAUAGUUUUAACCUCUUUGAAACCUUACAUGCUUAAAACAAUUUAAGAAUGCGCUUAGGGAUGAACAGAGGUCUUCAUCCAUCCCUGGUCACAUUAUAUUUGAAACCUUGCAUUUUAGAGCAGCUUUUUUUCCACCCAACAGAUUUUUAUUUUUAGAAGCCUUUUGUAUUCCUACGUUUUUGCAUUUGGAAACCUCAGGUUACUUUUCUCAUCUCUCAAAAAGAGCUGGGUUUUUAAAAAUAGUUUGAUCUGUUAAACCCUGGAAGUUUAACCAACCCAAUUCCCAUUGUUAGAGGGGAAAGUUGUCCUUUCGAAAUAUUUUCCCCAUCUUCGGGAGCUGCCAAAAACACAUAAAAAUGUGCUCUGUAAUGCAUGUAGCUCUGCUGGUUAAAUUUGGCUGGCUAAACAUCCUACACAUUUUUUUGUUUUGAGAUUUAAAGGUCCUUUUGAGAUCAAUAGCACUUUCUCCCACAUAAGAAUGCAGCCUUGAUUAAUCUUAUCUCUUAAGCAGCUGCUAAGAGAUGUUAGUUUUAAGUAUUUGGAACAGCCAUUGAACUAAGCAUCAACUCUCUGUUUGCUCCUUAGGACAAUUUAUCGCUGGGCUACAGACAUCAAACUGUGAAUUGGGAGGAACUUCACAGAACAUUCCUCCCUUCCCCUCUACCAACCGCUUCUUUUUGCUGUGCCUUGGUAAGGACUGUACAAUGAUGACACCACCAUUACGACACAAUUAAAAGAAUAAUAAUAAUCCAGGUCGCACAUUGGAACUUCUAAGGACAAGUUAUGAGUUUUGCAAUUUGUACUCAGGAUAAUCUCUCUUCCAUUUAAUGACGGUGUGGGUGGACUGGUGACUAGCAAAAACUCCAAAGCGUGCAUCUGUCUGUCUGUCUGUCUGUCUGUCUGUUGUUGUUUGUUUGAGCCUGUCUGGGCCUGUCACAACAAAAGGAAAAAGCACAUUGGGUCCUCUCUGGGCUGUUUUAGACAUUUCUCCCGCACUCAUCCCCAUUAAGAGGUCCCCCCCUCCAAAUUUCUGCAGAGCAUAGGGUUGUGCCAAGCCUACUGAUAUCUCCUUCCUGCUAAGCGAGCAAGGCACUCAAAUCUGAAAAUGGAGAGAUUAGAAGACACAAAAUCUACAAGGACAGAGCUGUAUUACAGUAUAGCUCAGUGAGAGGGCAUCUGCUUUGCAUGUGGAAGGUCCCAAGUUCAAGUCCUGACAAGGCUUGAAACCUUGUAGAGCUACUGCCACGCAGUGUGGACUAGAUGGACCCACUUUCUGACUGGACCUGCCUGCUGCAGCGAAACCAAAAGAAGUUUUCUAAAUGGAAAUUAAGCCAAGGAUUAUGAGCUGGUCCUGCAACAAAAUGUUGCCUGCCAUGUGGCCUGUUCCCUGUUCAGGAUUCCGUUCCCUCAACACCCAGGUUCCACCCCAUCCCUGCAAAAGGCCGUCUGUAUUCCACAUCACGAGAGACAGUCAAGUAACAAACUAAUAGUGCAAAGUAGGAAUUUACUAACACAGGAAUUAAUACAUUCCUCUAGGACAGGGUUUGCCAAACUUGGGUCUCCAGCUGUUUUUGGACUACAGCUUCCAUCAUCCCUAGCAAGCAGGACCAGUGGUCAGGGAUGAUGGGAACUGUAGUCCCUAAACUGCUGGAGAGACCCAGGUUUGGGAAAGUCCGCUCUAGGAAUUACUAGAAGGGUGGGAAACCUGUGCAUCUCCAGAUGUUGUUGGAACUCCCAUCAAUUUCAGCCUGCAUGGUAGGGAUAAUGGGAGUUGUAGUCUGGCAAUGAAUGGACACAGGUUAACCUCCACUGAACUGGUCACCUCGCCUCAAGAGGGAUAUUUGGGGAAGUUCAGAAAAGGGCAGACAAAAUGAUUGAGGGGAUGGAAUGGCUUCCCCAAGGUUGCAGCAUUUGGGACUUUUUAGUUUAUAGAAAAAGCAAGUAGGAGAUGACAUGAUAUAUAAGUUUAUACUAGGCAUGAAGAAAACAGAGAGAGAGAAGUUUUUCUUCCUCUCUCAUACAUAACACUGGAACUCGGGGACAUCCAAGGAAGCUUCGCAAUAGAUAAAAGAAAGAGUUCUUCUUCACGCAAUUAAACUUUGGAACUCACUGCCACAGGAGUCAGUGAUGGCCACCAACUUGGGGGCUUUAAAAGAGGACUGGGCAAAUUCAUGGUGGGCAAGGCUAGCCAUGGUUACUAGCUGCAACGGCUAUGCUGUGCUUCCACAGCUGGAGACAGCAAAGUGUUGAAUAUCAUUUUAUGGAAACCACAGGAAGGAAGGAAGGAAGGAAGGGAGCGCUUGGGUUCUGCUUCAAGUUUCCUAAAGGCACCUGGUUGGCUGCUGUGAUAACAGGAUGCUGGACUAGAGGGUCCACUGGUCUGAUCCUGCAGGCUCCUCUUACAUUCUCAGGGCUGAUGAAUCUGUGGCCCUCCAGAAGUUGCUGAGCUCCACCUCUCAUCAGUCCGAGCCAGUAUUACCAGGAGGCAGGGAUGAUGGGAACUGUAGUCCAGCAACAUCUUUAGCAUGGCAUGAUCCCCAUCCCUGCUUCGCAAAAGGCAGAAAAGAUCAUGUUUCCCUGGUGGCUUGGGGCAGUUAUUAUAGGAAGGAAAUUGAAUUCACUCUAAACUAUUCAGAACUAUCACCCUACCCUGUUUCUUGGGUGCCUCUAAAAACAGGCAGUUACAGAUGUUUGGAAGGGAGCUGUGUGGAAUUUUCAAGUGACAAGAAACAUUUCUUCUUCCAACAAAGCUAUUUCAUUUUUUUUAAAAAAGUUUCCUUCUCUUGGUUAAUAUGGGCUGCUGAAAUUGGCAGUAUUCAUCAGCGGCAUUGCACUUGGGUGAUUUUAGAUUCUGAAUUGAAUAAGUUUAAAGUGUGGUCCCUGGGGCCACAAUUAACAACUCUGCACUGAAUAGAGCUCCAAGAGCUGAUGGAUCUUCACCUCCCCAGAUCGAGUGGAGAUAAUCUGGCAGAUCCGCCUGAGCUAAUCAAAGACACUUGAUUAGAUUACUGAUUGUUGGGUAUGGCCUUUUCUUCCUGACCCAUUUGCCCCCAAGGGUAAUAGGCCCACCCUAGACUCCAUCCAUCCCUCUUCAGUGGGUCUUGGGAGGGGGUCUUUGCUAUCCACACAUAUCCAAAACAGCAAAAGGUCUUCUGGCGGUACCUUAAAAAAACCCAAAACCUAACUUAUAUUACAAGUACGUAACACAUGAAGCCUGGUGUGGUUUCUCUUAAUUGUGGAAGUUAACAUAAAGCAUGGGGUCAAAUUGAAAAGAAGAACAUGAUAACUUCUUAAGUGUUUCUCAGAGCUUUAUGUGCACAUGCGUGGUGUUAAUAUAGCACCCAAACUGUUUCGGCCAGGUAUGGAAUCCUUUUGACGCUCCUUAAAUAAGAUGGGAGACUGCAGAGGGUGUCUUGGACUAGGCAACUCUUGUAACAACCUAUAUAAUAACAAAAAGCAAGAGUUGCAUUGAUCGGUGGAUACAUUACUUUGUCAACUGCAAAAAAUUGUUGUGCUCCCAUUUCUAAUUUUCUUCUCAGAAAAACUGAAAACAAAUAAAGAUUCUUAAUUUUUUUAAAAAAAAAAACCAAAUAAAUGAGGCAUAAGUUUUCAUGCACUAUGGAUUCGUGAAGCAUUAUUCCGAAUUACAGGUAUUUUUACACAUGGGCUGGUGGGGGUGGUAAAAAGAAAGAACUUUAAAGUGCCACAGGACGCUUUGUAGCCCUUUGUUGCAAAAAGAGUAACGCAGAAACUGAAACAUAAAGGUAACGCAGGACUGUGAGGAACACAUAUUUGCAAACACAGGUGUUAGGUAAGAGGCAAAGGAGGAGUCCAAGGGUACCUCAGUAAACUAAGGCUGCCGCUCUAACUCCAUUUACCUGAGUGUAAGCCCCAUUGAAUUCAGUAGGGUUUACUUCUGAGUAGACAGAGGAUUGUGCUGUAAUGAAUUCAUUUUUCACAUAAACCAUUUGCUAUUUUCUUCUUCUGCGCAGGCUGCGUACACACUCCUGUUUACUCUGCAUCCAGUAUGUUCCCACUCCUGGUUUGGGAAGGAGAGUACACAUGGCGUUAGCCACAAACCCAUGUCCAUCCUGUCGAAACAUUCCAUCUUGAUCUAUCUCCCCUCCAAAUUGAGAAAAUAAUAAUAAUUUUAUUGUUUAUACCCUCCCCAUCUGGCUGGGUUUCCCCCAGCCACUCUGGGUGGCUCCCAACAGAAUUAAAAGCACAAUAAAACAUCAGACAUUAAAAACUUCCCUAAACAGGGCUGCCUUCAGAUGCCUUCUAAAAGUCAGAUAGUUGUUUAUUUCCUUGACAUCAGAUGGGAGGGCGUUCCAUAGGGCAGGCGCCACUACCGAGAAAGCCCUCUGCCUGGUUUCCUGUAACUUCUCACCAUGAGGGAGCCACCAGAAGGCCCUCAGAGCUGGACCUCAGUGUCCGGGCUGAACGAUGGGGGUGGAAACGUUCUUUCAGGUAUACUGGGCUGAGGCCGUUUAGAAAAGCCAUAGCCUAGCUGUGUUUCAAGUAAGGUGUGCCUCCUCUGGAAAUUAGCAGAUGCAGGCGGUAGCUGUUGUCAGUCCAUACAUCUUAAGUCAAACAUACAAAUAUAAGCCCUGAUAAGAUAGGUAUUGACGUAAAAUCAAAUGAAAUAUGUUCAAAUGGGUUGUAGCCAGAACCGUGUGAUCCUCAGACCAUUGCAUAAUAAGCAGUGGGGGUUUCUCCUCCAUGGUCCAAGUAUAAAAUCUGUCUUGCAGCCAUAAGAACUUGCAGUGUUCACUUUUGUUGCCCUACCAUCCACCAGUACAUGAUCAUCUGCAAAUAGGAAUGAUUUUCACCGAUACCAAAUUGAUGCAGGGAACAACUUCGGACCAGAAAUAAUCUGACAAAGCCAAACCACAUGCCUCAGUUGACAUCUGUACAAAUACCUUUCUAAGCAGGCUCAACCUGGACACACUAUUUGAUUUAAAAUCUGUUCCCUGUUUCUCUAAGUUUAUUGUUUUAAAAUCAUUUUUAGAGGCUUCCCCAUGUUUUAAAAUACGCUUCCCUUCUUUUCAGCUGUAUUAUUUUAUCGCAGAUAUGUUUGCGGCCCUGGGAUCCUCUGGGAGAGAAGAGCAACGUGUAAAUAAAUGUAAUAAAGGAAACAAGGUCACUAAACAAAAUGUACCUGUUGCUACUAAUGCUCAUUUCCAAGUACAGCAAUGUUUGUUCCAGGAACCUGAAGCCUUGACAUUCACACCUCGAUCCUUAUCUAUAAUACAGCGGUAUCGUGGUUUAAGAACAGUCCGGUUUAAGAACGAUUUGGUUUACCAACUCCGCAAAACUGGAAAUAGUGUCUUGGUUUGAGAAUUUUACCUCAGUCUAAGAAUGGAAAUCAAACGGUGGAAGGCCGAAUUAGGGAAAGCACGCCUUGGUUUAAGAACGGUUUUGGUUUAAGAACAGACUUCCGGAACGGAUUAAGUUCGUAAGCCGAGGUACCACUGUACUAGUAGUCCUGAGACAGCUGGAUACCAAUCAAAUCAUUAUCUCAAAUAAUAAAAUUAUUUUUAUAAAUAUAUCGGUUAAGGUUUGGUUAACUACAAUAACACAUAUUUUUUAAAUGUAUACUGUACAAGUUUUCCCCCUCCCAGUUCUGUUUUGUUUUUCUACAUGGGUGCUAUUCUUUUCCUUCUUCUUUGCAUCUUACCUUACUCUGUGCACUUGCGAUUAUGUACUUUUUAUAUUUCAAUAAAGAAUAUUAUAUAAUAAUAAAUUUAUUAUUUCGGUCACAGACCAGUUCCAGCUCACAUACAAUAUAAGGGAAGUCAUAAAACAUGAUAGGGAUACAUUUGAAUGUGCAAUUGGGUAUAAAACGGAAAUAUUAUAUACAUACAGUGCUUUUUUCUUAAAAAAUAUUUAGGGGUACUCUCAUUUUGACUCGAGAAAAAUUAUUUUAUAGUUCAGAUUGGGAAAAAUAAAUACAGUAAAUGGACAAAUGGACAAAGAUUCACAAAAUGUUUAGGGGUACGCAUACCCCUAUGUCCCCCCAGAAAAAAGCACUGUAUACAUAUAAACUGCAUGGGGGGUGUUAUUGUUUUGCUUGUAACUAUUGUCAUGCAUUUUUGUGUUUUUAUUUUGCAAACUGCCCUGUGAUCCUCAGAUAAGGGCGGUGUAGAAAUUAAAUUAAUCAAAUUAGAAAGAACCCCUUUCUUCUCCCCACCCGCCCUUUCCUCCUAUUGUCAUGUUGAUCCAGAGAUCCGUACAUCGCCUAACAAAUUGAAGCACCCCCCGCAGCACUGCCGGCCACGCCCCCUGUGACGUGUCCCUCCCCUCCCUAAGCCUCCUACCCCUCGCCCUGCACGCUGGAAGGUCCCACGUGGACAGGAUCUCCAUUUAUGGUCGCUGACGCGGCAGUCGCGCAGGGAACCCCCGCCUCUUUCCCCCCGCGCUUUGGUCCCGCCUCUCAUAAGUCAGAGGAUCCAGGAAGAGGCGCGCACAAGCCCAAGGGAGCGAAACAAGGGAGCCGCGUGGUUGGCCAGAGCGGAGAGGACCAGAGAUCGAGCGAGAGAGCGCACGCUGCCUUGUCGGGUAAGGCUGAUGCGGGGGCGAAGCGGGGCGCGAUCUGAUGCGGGGUUAUUUACUCCGGGUACCUCUUUUUUCCCCGAGAGAGCUGGACUUUUUUCCUUCCUUCUCCUUCUAGGAGAGUGUUUGGCGGUUGCGAUGGGAAAACUAUUCCUGGGAUUCUGGGUUUCUUCAAGGGAUUGAUGCGCUAGACCCUCUUUCUUCCUAAAACGUUUCCCAUAGAGUUUCCUCUUUCCACCGAAUUAAGGGACCCGAUCCGGUUGGUUUUCUGUUUAGCGUGUGUGUGUGUGGCUUUACCCCCGAAUUUCUCCUUUCCCCCUGCUUCCGCACUCCCCGAUCGUCUGACUUUUCUCUCCCUGAUAUUCCCUCCCCGCUCCCCAAACAAAAUUUCAUUUCUGCCUGUCCGACUCUCCCGACCGGACCCAAACAUUCCUGGCGUCGCACCGACGACACCCCCCUCCCCACGCCGCGAAGAAUUAUUGCUUAGCUGUCCGGUUUUCUUUUUAAAUUACUUUUUAUCCUGCGAACGCACUCGAUCCCCGUCCUUGCCGAAACCUUUCCUCCUGGAUUUGAGCCACCCGCUGUAAUAUCUCCGUCCCUAGAAAUAGAGAUCGGAUCCGGGGUUGGGGGAGAGGUCGUGUAGGAUUUUUUCGAUUCCCCCCCCCUUCUACAGUCCCCAACCCACUUUAAUUUUCCCAUCGCUGGUAUGUUCUAUUGCUGGCAUUGCUAUCUGUGCCUGUGCCGCUCUCCCCCCCGCCCGCACAGUUUCAUCCUCCAGAUCUGACUCAACCCUGCUUCAUCUUAUCGUCCCCGCCGGAGCCAUCCUGGCACUACACCGGCGACCACCUCCACUCCAUGCGUAUUCCCACCCCAUGUUCCCCGGCGGCCUCAUAACAUGCUCCCGUCUUUAACAUUAGCACACCUCAAAUCUACCUGAACUUUCCUUCCCUCUCGCUCUCGCUCUAUUGCUUUGUCUGGUUCCCAAAUCCUUCUUUCCUCCGAGUCUAUUCCUUCCCCACUCCCCUUUCACAUGGCUCGUGGCGCCUUAAAGGUUAAUGCACGACCCUCCCCGUGCCCAUCGGAAGGACGCGCAGAGUUCAGGGGGUCGCCAUCCUCCCAGGGACGUGCGUAAAGGAUUUGCAGCCUUGGGGUGCUCCAAAGACUCCCGUGUGUUUAGACUACUGACUCCUUCGGCCGUGACCUUCCUACUGCCCCCAUCUCGACACCCCACAUUCUCCCCCUUUCCCGACCUCGGUACCCACUUCCCCCAGGUUACCGACUGCCAACCCACUCUCUGCGUAUUUCCUCCUCUGACGCUCUUUAUCGCCUUCCUGCUGAUGAAACUGUCCUGUAGUUUGUUUUGCAACUUUCAUUUAGAUCAGAGCCUGGGGUGAGAAGGGAGACUGGCCUUUGCCUCUCCCCUCCCUCGCUCCGCUGGGAACUUUAUUGUUAAACAAAUUGUUAAACGCAUUCCUAUGCUCCCUCCUGCGUGAUUUCGCCGGUGAGUUGUGUGGGGGUCUCUUGGGUUGUUUGUUUUGAUGUUGCGCAGGAAUCUCAGGUGGGGAGAGCGGUCUUGCACCGGGGUCCUGCUUGGUAGCUUCUCUGGGCACCUUGGGUUGGUCAGAUCCACCUGCAGAGCUCUUCUUGCGUUUUCAGUUGCCGAUUCCUUGUUUUGAAUCCUCUGUUGUGCUAAUAGAGGAGGGUUCUCUGUUUUUCAGGAAAGUUUGGGGAGGUGUACUGCCCUUUGGAAAUGGUAUUCCCCUUGAAAGACACAUUCUCAGAGAAUAGGUCCACGGAAUUGUGUCUUUCAAUGGAGCUCCAUUUUCAGGGAGAACAUACCCCCCCAAUAUAUAUAUAAAUGCUAAGCAGAUUUUAAGAUGUUUUUAGGACAGAACCCAAAAGGUGUAAUGGGACUGCAGAUCCAUUUGUACAUUUGCUGAGGAAUUGGGGGUUGUUUUAGCUACCUGCUGAGUCCAGAUUUCCCAUUAUGCUGUGUGGAUUUGUACCUGCUGGCAAUGCAAUCAAUAUGGCUUGUUUAUAUACCUUCUUAAAAAGUUACAUUUUGGGGGCAUGGUUUUUUGGGAUUCUCUUCCUGAUGAAUGUAUUUGAGGCAGGUAGUAGCUGGGACUUUUGGUGACUUGCACAAGACUGGAACAAAGAGUUUGUUGCAGAGCUGAGAUCUAAAUAUUAGGCUUUUUUAGGGCUGGUGUGUACAGUAUAUUGUUUGGUCCGUGUGAGCUGUUCUGACCAUUCCUGGCUGCAUGCUCACUUUGCACAUGUGUGCAUCUGGGAUGUCAGGUGGAGAGAUGUUAUAUUGAGGCUCAUUCAUGGAUAUUUUGGCAAGUGGACAAAUCAAGUGCAGUAUAAAUAGCUUUGCAUGGAGGGACGUUUUUAAGUAUAGCGAAGUUUUUAAUGGUUUAUAUUUUUCUUUGGUUGUAUAUGUGUUGUAAGCCGCCCAGAGUGGCUGGGGAGACCCAGCCAGAUGGAUGGGGUAUAAAAAAUAAAAUUAUUAUUAUUGUUGUUAUUAUUAUCUUCAAGUGCCUCAAUCCUCACAGGGAUGAGGAAAUGCGGCCAUCCAGAUGUGGUUGACUCCAAUUCCCAUCAGCCCUAGGCAGCAUGACCAAUGGCCAGGGGUUUGAUGGAAGUUGUAGUCUAGCAGCAGUCUGAGUGUUCCCAGUUUCCCCAUCCUUUCCCUAAUACAAGUCCCAUUUUAUUGAGGAGGGAAAGAAUCUCAAAAUUCCUAGUGGGUUACUCCAGUUUCAGAUGUUGCGAUGUGUUGCAUUUUGGGGUGUCUGCUGGAUAGCAUUUAUUUUUUUCAUCCCCCUUAAGCCAAUGGUCUUGCUACCUUUGGACCCAAAUAUGCAUUCAGGGACCAUUCUGCAUGUACUUUGCAUGGCGACAGUCCUGCUAUUGCAACCCCCCUGGUAGCAAGCUGUGACCCAGUAGUAGUAGCUCUUUCCUGCCCACAAGCUAAAGCUAAAUGGUGCAUUUGGGGAAGUGGCUGCCUAAAAGGGCUGGCAAUGAACGUCUCUUGGGGUGCAUUUGUUCCUUCCAGGCAGCAUGAAUUCCUGAAUAUCUGUGUAAAGCCCUACCCCCUCCCUACAAAGAUAACCAAACAGAAAAGGUGCCCCUUAGCAUUGUUGAUGGGCUUAGAUAAGGUGUCUGAAGGCUUUCUCUUUAUCUGCUGCGUGUCUCACCUUGGUUUUUGGAAAGACCACUGUAAUGCAUAGCUUAGAGCCUCCUAUAUAGCCUCUCAUUUGCAUUUUUAAAUCAAUUGUUUCCUAAUGGCUCCUGUAUUACCCCAGGAGAGGGUGGAUCUUGCUAAAUUAGCACCUGUAUCACAAGGUUUCUAAAUGGCCAUUGGGCAGCUGCUGGGAGACCAAACAAUUAAUUUGUCUGCACUUUUGGGAGGGUUGAGGUUGAAUCAUUCCUUAUCAACCUUGCACUUUCCAGAUGUUUUGGGGGAGAAUUCCCAUCAGGGUGCUGGAAGAGGCUAAUGGGAAUUGUAGUCCAACGCAUCUGGAGGGAGGCCCCAGGCUAAAUAAAUCUGUCUUAAGUGUCGUGUUCAGUUGCUUGCUGUUUUAUAGCUUCUGGAUUAAUGUUUUAGCCCAGGCAUAGGCAAACUGGGCCCUCCAGAUGUUUUGGGUCUACAACUCCCAUCAUCCCUGACCACUGGUCCUGUUAGCCAGGGAUGAUGGGAGUUGUAGUCUCAAAACAUCUGGAGGGCCCAGUUUGCCUAUGCCUGCUUUAGCCUCUAGAACUGGGCUUCCCAAACUUGGGUCUCCAGCUGCUUUUGAACUACAACUCCCAUAAUCCCUAGCUGACUGGUCAGGGAUGAUGGGAAUUGUGGUCCCAAACACAGCUGUAGACCCAAGUUUGAUGAAACCCUGAUCUAGAAGCAUAGUUAUUGUUUGCAAUGCCUGGGUUAUAAAUAGGAUAACCUCCAUAUGUGCAUAGCCACCAGAAUAUCAUAAUAAAACCACACACACAGAGUAGAUCAUAGACCAUAAAAUUGUACAGUUGAAAGGGACCCCAGGGGUCAUCUAGUCCAACCCUCUGCAAUGCAGGAAUCUCCACACACUGUCCUCCAUCCAGUUUUGAAACCAGACUCUGCUUAGCUUUGCAAACAAUACUGGUAUUACUUAGUGUGCUUCCUAGGUGUAGAACAUCUCAGUGCUACUAACCUUGGAAAGUAGGCCAGUGUGAUUUCCUCUUGUACUGUGGAUUGUGCAAGGCGGGGAACACUGAAGUGAAGAGGAAUGGUGCCUUGCAAGAAACCAUUCAGUAAGUUUGCAAACAGAGUGGGUUAUGUAUGUUUUGAAUGGAGGCUUUCCUUCCUGGGUACGGACUGUUUGGCCAAACAUUUGUUUUUAUUUUGAAAGAUGUAUAAACGGCUUUAUCGGGAAUGUGUCCUUGGUGAGGAGCCUCACGAGUUAGCCGGCAUUGAAAAGAGGAUGGAGUAGGAAGGGUUUGCUUUUUGUUCCCUGUGAGGCAGAAAGCGAAAGAGGGAAGUGGGAAAAGCCCCUAUGCCCAAAAAUUCCUGUGGGGUGAGGCAAGUGGGAAAUCAUUUUCCAGAAUCCCCUUUGUUUGGGGAGGGCAGAGGAGAGCACAAAGGAAUUCCCAGUUCACCUUUUCACUUAGGUUGAGUGGGAAGUGACUGACAAACUGUGUGUGUGUGUGUGUGUGUGUGUGUCUAGGUCUAGGUCUAGGAACAGGUGUCAGAUUUGGCUUUGGCAGUUGAAAAACAGCAGGUGCUCAGGCAGCAACCGAGACUUGGUUUGGGUGGGUGUGCCUCUGCGUUAAAGCUGGGCCAUCUGAGGUCCUAGGGCAGGUGUGGGGGGACCCUUGGCCCUCCAGAUGUUGUUGAACUGUGACUCCCAUCACUCCUGGCCAUGACCUGUGCUUUCUGGGGCUGAUGGGAGUCAUAAUCUAGCAACAUCUAAAAGACCAAGGACCCCCCACACCUGAGUUAGAACCUGGUUCCAAAAUUUGAUAUUUGUCAGGCUGAAAUGAGCCCCAAAGUGGAACUGAUCACAUUUUAAGUGAUCCAAAAAAAUCUGGAUUUUAAAAAUUUUAAAUGUUGUGUUUGUCAGGUUUUUAGAAAUGCUUUUAGGGUGGAUUUGCAGGCUUCCCUGGUGGGGGCAGAUUUUUUGAUUUCUGGUUUUGGUGAUCCUGUGAGUAAUGUGUGUUUUGCCAGUAAUUGAAGCUUCCUUUUCCACCCCAGUAUUAGCUUCCACUUCCAAAGUAGUUUGUGGGACCCUAAUGUGCUCCGCAAUGUUUACCAUUUCCAGGAAGCCGCUUUGUGUCAUUGUUCUGGCUCGCUCUCCCUAUGAUAUCAUUUGAUUUUUUUCUUUCAAUGUGACUCUUGAGUCGGUGAUAAACGCAGGUGAGCUGAUAGACGCUGCAGAUAGCUUGCUGAGCUAAUGAUACUUGGCAGGUUUUGUGGCUUGGAGGGGUGAGGUGGGUGAACGCUUAAAAACAGGUGCCUCUCCUCCUUAGAGCCUUGGGACCUGUGUAAUGGCUUGCCUUUCUGGCAAAUAAUGCUGUGCGUUAUUCUUGUUAUCUGUCCAGCAAGUGCCUUGCUCAGGUGCGGGGUGGGGUCGGGCCCUUCUGGCCAUGUUUGCUGGAGUUGGUGGCCGUUGUGGUUUAGCACCAUCUGUUCCUCACACCUGGCCUUGCCGCUGCAACUUUCUCCUUUGUUAUCCUCAAGAUUAGCCUGUAAAGUGCUAUAAUCCAGGCUUCUCUUUGAUGGCUGACAGUCAGGACCAGACCUGUCAUUAGACAGGCGAGGUGGCCUGCUUCAGGUGUCUGAUCUUCACUCUUUCAAAAGAGAUGCAGAUGGUCCGUUAAACGAUUGGUGGUUAUUUUUUCCCCUGCGUGUGCAUGUGAGCAUACCUACACACGUACAAGUGCGCCAGCCUUGUGGGCUUUGCCUCAAGUCCCGCAUCACCUUGGACUGCCACUGCUGCUGCUUGAGCACCAGAACAGGCUUGUUGUAUACUGGGUGCAGUUCAAGAUGCUGUGCUUCUAAGGCCUACACUGCAGGGCUGGGGGACAAGUGGCCUUCCAGGUGAUGUUGAGUUCCAACCCCUGUCAACCCUGGCCCCAGGGGUGAUAGGAACUGUAGACCAGCAGUGUUUGCCGGGCAAAUUUUGCACCGCCAACUUGUAGUGCCUGAUGUCUCCACCAUCUGGAGAUGCACGCCUGGGGAUCUUAGGAUCUUGCCUGUUUCCACACACUAACACCACAUCCUGUAGAAUUUUAUCAGUGAUAUUUUAUCUUCGCAGUCAGAAUGAAUUUCAGGAAGCAAAAAGACUCACGAGCCAUCGGUACCCUAACUGGCAAGUAGACAUUCCGUUUUGGAGACCCUGGUUUGGAGACCAUUUGGCGCCUAGCUUAUAUAUCUGGGUUUUUAACAGUGUGGCAUCUAGACUAGCUUUCCAGGAUCAUAGGAAACUCCUGUUAUGGACAAGGGCUGUAGCUUGCCUGCUUUGGAUGCAGAAAUUUCCAGGUUCAACUCCCAGCAUUGUGCUGGGAGAAAGAUCUCUGUCCAAAAUCUUGAGAGCUACUGUCAGUCAGUGUAGACAAAACAGUUGCAGAGGGACCCAAGGUGUGACUCUGUUUAUAAGUCAUGUUUGGUUUUGACUCAUGUGCUCCUAUAUAGAUUCUGCCCACAUUUCACUCAGCUGACGGGUCUUGUAGAUUCGAUUCUGCGGGGGCAGAACCUGCCUCCGUGUGUUUUGGAAGCAUAGGGGUGGGGUUAUGAUGGACAACAACAUUGACCAUUAUUUCCUGAUUUGCAGCAUUCAUUUGCCUCUCUCUCUAGCCAAGCUAAACACAGCUGGGUGCAAGGGAGCCUUCUUUCUGCAUCAACAAACCAUAAAUCUCUUGCCUUGCCCCAACUGCCUUGUGCAAGAGAUCACAGCUUUGUACGGAUGUGUGUGAGCACAUGCAGACGUACCCAGUCACGUGCCAGUGUUGAUAGGAAGAGGUUGGCAGCCCACGCAUGGCCCUUUCUCUUUUUGUUUUGCUGCUUCGAGGCCCAGCCCCUCGUGUUGCAACCUUUUGCAACCAACUCAGUGUGUACUUCUGUGUCCCGUCAAUGGCAGGUAAUCUGCUUGCAACAAGCUGUUCCCGGAAACUGAGCGGGCCAGCCCAGUGGGGGGAAGAGCAUGUGCGUACAAAAUGGCAUGGCUGAGGAUCCAGGCGGUGGUUGUUCUUAUCUGGAGUGUGUGUGCUGUUUGGGUGAGGGUAGGUGAUUGGCAAGGGAAGUAGAAUUCUUGGUACCAUCAGUAUCAAUCGAGAGAACUAGCAGAAUGUAGGGCAGGUAGCUUUGGCAAAUGGUACUUUAAAAACCUAGGUUACAGUCACCAAAAUGGAAUGUCUAGCGGCCAUUUCCACUUCUCCCUGUGAAUAAUCUUCUUCUCCUUCCUUUACUUUUCUUGUUCUUCAUUAUCAUCAUCAUUUCUAUACUGCUUUAUAUUUUGAAGGAAAACUCUCAAAGCAGUUUACAACCCGUUAAGCCAUCAAAUAAAACAAUUCAGAACAAGAGAAAUUCAAACUUCAAGGAAAAUAUCUAAGAUCCUUCUCUAAAGUGACGUUUUGCCUUCCUCAUAUUUCUUAACCUGCUUAAUUUAUAGAGCUUGCCCUAUAGCAGAAGUACCCUAGGAAGCCAGGGUCGCACUGUAGGACUUGUAAGGCCAGGGUUCAAAUCCCCGGACUCUGCCAUGAAGCUCACUUGGGUGUCCUUGGGCCAGUUACAGCCCCUUAACCUACCUCACAGGGUCGUUGUUGGGAUUAAUUGAGGAGGUGGGUGAACAGUGUACUGCUUGGAGAAAAAAGCGGGAUGUAAAUGAAAUAAAUAAGCUUCUUCUGAAGAAAGCUGGAGGGGCCGGCCAGAUGGAGAUGUCGGACACCAGCCUGGCAUUCAGAGAUCUCCAUGUGGUGCCAUUUGGUGAUUAGAUUAUAUAUACCUGAGUUUCUGACGCUGGGUGGGCCUUGUGAAUUUCGUUAAGGGCCUUCUCACCCACCUUAUUCAUGGUUCUCCUUAACUAAGAAGGCUCCCCCUCCCCCUUCUAAAAAAAGAUAAGGGACUUAGUUUUUGACCCCUUUCCUCUAGGGCAUAGGGGAGUGCUGUAGUUAAGAGACAUGUUUGUUAUUGAUAAGGGUGUUGACCCACAAGCAUUCACCCCCCUCCCAAAUGCCCUUUUGGCUGUGUUGUAAUUCUCAUCCUCCUUGACCCAAGGAUGGAUGGGUUGUGUGAAUAGUAGCAAGCUAGAGAGUCCUAGAUGGCCACAAGGCAGCCCACUGCAACGCCACCUUGUCCAAAAGUUCUGGAGCCAGUGUUUUGUCAAAAAGGUUGCCUACUCGGCUGAAUUGGUAUGGGACUGACAGGGCAGACGGGGUUGGGCUAUAGGACCUCUGGGUGCCCUCUGACCGCCGCUGCAACAGCCCUGCCUGUUUUCGUCUGCGUGCCCGGUCCAUUGUUGUUAUCCGCUUGCAGGAGCCCUGAUGUAACAGCCCUGCAAGCUCUGCCUCGGUGACUCACUUCUGCUUCAUAGGCCCGAGUCACUAUUUUGUGGUCCUGGUGUUGCAAGCUUUUAGAACAAAGAGUUUCCUCGUGCUGUGCGGGAACACAGCUCUCUCUCUCGAAUCUGUUCCUUGCAAAUUGAAGGACUACUUUUGGCACAAAGUGACUUUUUAGAGAGUUUCGCCUCUCCCUACACUGGAGCCCUUUGGCUGCUUUCUUUGUAGGGCUCAUUUGCUGAAUGGGAUUUCUUCUUUUCUCCCCCAGGACGUACACAGCGAAGGGCCCAAGAUGAAGGAGGAAGUGGAAAAAGCAGUCUGGUUCAUCUCCCGCGUGAUGGAUCGCGACCGGAAGCUGGAGAAGGAGAAGGUGGAGCGUUUCAGGGAGAGCCUGGCCACGAUCCUGUGCGAGCGCUACAAGGACCAUUGGUACCCAGAGAAACCCUGCAAAGGGCAGGCUUACAGGUAAGCAAGGAAACUGAUUUAUUUUUUUAAUGAACUAAAAUUGGAAUACUGUCAACUGAUGGAAGAGCUUUCAGCAAACAGAUCCCCCCACCUUUUGGACUGUUAAGGUUAAGUUGACAUUCACGUUGUUACUAAAUACCGUGUUAUUACAAAAUCUCAACAUUUGUGGGCUGCUGAUUUUAGGUGCUGAUUUUAAAUUGUUUUGGAAAUGCACACUGUUUGUAAGCCGAUUUGGGAUUCAUUUGAAUGGAGUGCGGCAUAGAAAUUCACUAAAUCAACUCCCUUUCUGAAUGCCAACAGGCUUGUUCACACAUUACAUUGGGUGAAAGAGUCUACACUUCAUACAGCUCGGUGGCUGCCACACCACUGUGACAAAAUUUAAGAACUUGUAAUGGAAAUAAGGCACAUUCUCCCUCUGUUUGCCCUUUUUGGCUUCCUUCCUCCUCUUAGUUUUCUUCCUCCGAGAUCAGGGUGGGGGGAAGCUGUAGAAUAGUUUAGGACUACAAGCCCCCCAUCAGCCUCGGCUAGCAUGGUCAGAGGUCAUGGAUAAUGGGAGUUGCAGGCUCAGCAGUAUCUAGAGGACCGCAAGCUCCUUAUUAGGGCUGAAGGUUAGAUUGUAAGCUCCUCGGGGCAGGGACUUUGGUGCUAUGUGAGUAAAUAAACAAUACACAGCUGCUUCUGAUUCUCAUUGCCUUAAAGAAAGGGAUAAAAAGAGCUCGUGCUUUUUGCCAGUAACUUGUGUUCCGCUCCGGAACCAUGAGGGCUAGCUACUUGGAUAAAUACAUUUCACAUUUAAAGGAGAGAGGGGAAGGAAUAGACUGAGAGCAGCGGCUAUGUUUUGCCUCGAGAUCCCAGACACCCUUGACUCUUGUCUGCGUGUUUGUCGAGGAUGAGGCAACGAUUGGAUGCCUCUUUAUGGCGGCAGCUGUUUGCAGAGCUAGCUGCAAAAUAACUGUAUUGUACCUCUCAAGGCUAUUUGUGUAGCUGAUAGAGAACUGCGGUUUACAAACCAGUUGGCUGCUGCUACGCCUGUGUCACCAGCCUGCAGGUCAGCUGGAAGCUUUGUUUGCAAGGACUCUGUCUGGAGCUUGUUGUACUACAGAUUAUUACCUGGCAGUCCUUGUUUUAUAAUAUUACAAAUUGCUGUGCACACAGAGUACCCGAGUGGCAGAGCAUGUUCAUUUCAAGUAAAUCCUGCUGAGCUUAGUGGCAAUUAAUUUCUGACUUUGCGCACGCGUAGAGAACAAAUGUUCGAGUCGCCCAGCAAAAGUAGAAAUGUUAGAUUCACCCAGCAAAAUUGAUUUGGUUGUAAAUUCUGGGCAGACAAGUGCAAGGGGAGAGUAGGCAACCUACAGUUCUUAAUUCUGAAGUUUAAAUUGUGACUUGCUGGUGAAGGACGGGCAAUAAAAACAAUAAGUCUAAUAAUAAGAAGAAGAAGAAGGGAUUAUGGUCUAUGUGUAUUGCAUAAUUUCGUGGAUCUAGGGUUUUCCCCCAUUGUGUUUACAAAAAUGCAUUCAAAAUGCCAAUUCAACAGCCCAGGAAAUGAUUGUAUUCAAAAUGUGAAAAUGGAAGUGCUGGCAACCUUGAAUAUGUAUAAAUAGCUGGUUGUCUCUCUUAAGUAGACUUAAAAGUCUCUUCAGUUUCUGACAAAGCUACAUCGCAGAUUUGUGAGGAUUGGGGGGUGGGGGGAGACUGCAGAUGCCACCCCCAAGCUCUUUAGAGGAAAUGAAUAAGAGCAAACCAUGCUAAUUUUCUUGGGUGUCCGGGUGGUUCUCCCCAUUAUGGGAAUGUAGGUUUACCUGCUGCGCCUGAUCACCGAAUCUUGUUCUAAAUCUAAGCCGUUUCUGCAUUGUCUCUGCUUCCUCGCAGGUGCAUCCGAAUCAACAGGCAGUAUACCAAGGAUGAUGCCAUCCUGAAAGCUUGUAUGGAGAGUGGUCUCGAUUACUCGGAAUUGACGUUGAAAGGCGAAAUUACAAUCUGGAUUGAUCCUGGCGAGGUUUCCUGCAGGUGAGUGCAUUCGACGGAACCGUCCCUUUAAAAAAGCAACAACCCCAUAGGUGAGUUGUAAUAGAAAGCACCCUUUGAAAGAGGGAUUCCCCUUUGUGUUGUGUAAAGUACUUAUGCUAAAAGCUGAAUUUUUAAUUGAGCACCAAUAAUUCUUGUUCGCUGUGGGUUAAACCACAGAGCCUAGGACUUGCCGAUCAGAAGGUCAGUGGUUCGAAUCCCCGUAAUGGGGUGAGCUCCCGUUGCUCGGUCCCUGCUCCUGCCAACCUAGCAAUUCGAAAGCACGUCAAAGUGCAAGUAGAUAAAUAGGUACCACUCCGGCAGGAAGGUAAACGGCGUUUCCGUGUGCUGCUCUGGUUUGCCAGAAGCAGCUUAGUCAUGCUGGCCACAUGACCCGGAAGCUGUAGGCCGGCUCCCUCGACCAAUAAAGCGAAAUGAGCGCCGCAACCCCAUGGUCAGUCAUGGCUGGACCUAAUGGUCAGGGGUCCCUUUAUCUUUACCUUUUUAAUUCUUGCUUUUUGGUCAACCCAAUAAUUUCUUUGAAGCACCCCCGUCCUUCAGAUGAGCAACUUAUAAGAGCAGUUUUAAAGCUUGCAAUUCGUUUAGCUGGUUGUCUUUUUCAAACUUGGGGCACCAGUUCUUAAAGUUAUGUAGAAGCUCGUAUAACUUAUCACCUGGAGCAUACAGUAAAUGGAUUUUCAUUUCCUUCUUUAUUUCCAUACCCCCCAACCACAGUACAAAAGUAAGAUUGAUUAAAUACAAAUUAGCCCCCCUCCCUGCUUGGACAGCAUUUCAGGAUUCAGAUUACGUUUCUCUAAAGCACAGUAUUGACUAAAUACAGGAUUAAGGACAUUCUGUUUAACAUAAUAUUCGAUCUACUAUAAUACUAACUUUCCCUUUACGGCAUUCAUUGUUUUCUAUAACGUGUGAUUAAAACAAAUGUCCCCAUUCACUGGAUCCACAUUCGAGCUUUCUUGAUUCACCUUGCAUUUUCCAUUAAAAAGACCAGGCCAUCAUUGGAACUGUUCUCUGCUUGCAAAAUAAAACAUUAAAAAAACAACUGCCUGUCUUCCUUCCAAUGGAAGCUUGUGAGUGUAAAUAGAGGGGAAGCGCUUCCUUCCAGUGUCUGACCCCUACCUUCCUUCUCCCCCACCCCAGGCUUGGCGAGAACAGCCGCCCCUUCACAGUGAAGGAUGAUGAGGAGAUGAAGGAGAAGAAGGAGAAGGAGAGGGAGAAGGAGAAGAAAGUGGAGAGAAGCAGUAGCAGCAGCAGUGGCAAAGCAACGCCCGAGUCGGAGACCUCGGACUAUCACUCCGAGUCUCCUUCGGAGUCGCCCUCCGAGUGUGCGUCGUCCUCGGAGGACGAGAGUUCCGGCAGGCGUUCUGCAGCAAAGACAUCGCAGAUUAAAGCCGGGGGAGCAAAUCUCCCCAAACACGUAAGCUGAUAGGAGAGAGGCUGGGAAUCUGGUUCUGUACUGUGUGUUUGCUUCUAGGCACCAAUGUAAUUUUAUGCAGUGUUUUGUACUAUAAUAAUAAAAACAAUAAAUAAUUUAUUGUUUAUAACCCGCCCAUCUGUCUGGGUUUCCUCAGCCACUCUGGGCGGCUUCCAACAAAAUAUUAAAAACACAAUAAAACAUCAAACAUUAAAAACCUCCCUAAACAGAUGUCUUCUAAAAUUCAAAUAGUUGUUUAUUUCCUUGACAUCUGAUAGGAGAGUGUUCCACAGGGCGGGUGCCACUACUGAGAAGGCCCUCUGCCUGGUGCCUUGUAACCUCACUUCUCCCAGGGAGGGAACCGCCAGAAGGCCCUCAGAGCUGGACCGCAGUGUCUGGGCUGAAUUAUGGGUGUGGAGAUGCUCUUUCAGGUAUACUGGGCUGAGGUUGUUUAGGGCUUUAAAGGUCAGCACCAACACUUUGAAUUGUGCUCGGAAAUGUACUGGGAGCCAAUGCAGGUCUUUCAGGACCAGUGUUAUGUGGUCUUGGCGGUCACUCCCAGUCACCAGUCUAGCUGCUGCAUUUUGGAUUAGGGCAAAGGGGGCACUGGCCCACCAAGCUCAAACGACCCACCCACCUGCCUUACAUGCAACCAGUCUAGGGGGAUGACCCUGGCUGUCUGAAUUGUGCUCGGAAACUUACUGCUAGCCAGUGUAGGUCUUUCAGGACAGGUGUUAUAUCGUCUCUGUUUUGUUUUGUACUGAGGUCAUUUAACUUAUGCCCAAGCAUUAAUAAACUACACCAAUAUCUUGCGUAUUUAAGAAGUCCUAUUCUGACCUCUCUCUUCCCCCGCCCCUUUCCAGGAGCCCCAUCGCUACCGAACGCCGUCUCCCCUUUGGAUCCCGCACCCACAAGGCACAGUGUUCAGCUACUUCCCUGUAACUUACUAUUACGUUCAGCCGACGAUGCCCGUUCUCCAGAGACCCAACCCCAACAUGCUGAAACGGCUCACGAAGCGAGCAUCCAAACCCUGAAGACUGGGCAGAGCCUGGGGUGGUUGUGGGGUUUCUUUUGGGGGGUGGGGGUGGGAAACUGUAGUAUCCCUUCGCGAAGGACACUUGGCUCCUAAGACUCCUCCUUGAGUCUGGAGAGGUUCCUUGAGAGGGGCUGGGCUGGGCUGACCUUGUUUCUAUGGUGUUGAACAACUGUAGCAUUCCAGCUUGUCUGAUUAAGCUGUUCCAGAAUGGAAGGGCUGUGUUUGCCAGUGGUUAGAGCAGGGUAAGGUGAGUGUCCGUGUAAAAUAUAUAUUUAUAUAUAUAUAGUGUGUGUGUGUGUGUGUGUGUGUGUGUGUGUGUGUGUUUUCAGCUCUUUAUAGAGAGAGAAAUGUGAAGCGGUGGGGCAAAGGACCCGCGAGUUCCUAAUUCUCAGUGGCUUUUCUCAAAGAGGUUUUCUGUAGGCGCUGUGUGUUUAUCCUGCACUUUAGAACCAAACGCUGCUCCUGCUGCUUUGAAAGAGAGGGACAGGAGAGCUCCUGACCCCCUAUUGCACUUUUAUGGGAAAACAUGCCAUUGUAUGCAAAUGCGCUUUGUCUGCAGCAAUUUGGCAAGGAGGUCCAAAUAGCAUUAGAGCAGAGGUGGGGGGGACCUGUGAUCCUACAGAUGUUGCCAGGCUCCAGCUCCCUUCAACACCCCUCCCCCAGCCCUUGGGCUGCACUGGCGGGGGUGCUGAUGUGACCCAGAGGGCUGCAGCGCCCUCCCACACUCUGCUAAAGCCUCAUUCCCUUGCUGUUGCUGCUCAGAUCUCCUUUUGCUGCCACCCCCAGCUUCUGCAAUGCAUCCAGGCAUCUCUUGCCUACAUUUCCAGCUCUUCUGCUACUUAAGGCAAGGCUAGGGCAGCCUGUGGCCCUUCAGAUGACCUUGUCUUUGGACUUCCAGCAUGCCCAGUGGUGGUGGUGAUGAUGGGAGUUGAGUCUAGCAGUGUCUGAAUGGCCAUAGGUUCUCCUUCUCUGACUUAAGGUCUAGAAAUUGGUUGGUGUUUUGAUUUUUUAAGCGCUGAGAUUUAUCCCAGCUGUGAUACUACGCGCAUGUACUUGGCAGUAAGUCCAGUUCAAUCCAGCAGGCCUUAUUUCUAAGUAGAUGUGCCUAGGAUCGCACAGUUUGAAUCCAUGCGCUCAUAUAUAUAUAUAUAUUUAUAUAAAUACAUGCCGUACUGCCUUGCGUCUUUUCUCCUGGGAAUACACACAGCUGCAAUAAUAAUACUUACCUACCUCAAGAGAUGCUCUUAUCAAGUUAUUAUUGUUAUUAUUAUCAAGUUAUUAUUAUUAUUGUUCUUACUAUUAUUAAUACUACUGAAGGAUUGUUGGCACUUGACUGGACCUACUUCUUGUUGGGGAAAGUAUUAUUAUUCUUGUUGUUGUUGCUGAUAAAAUGACAGAUAAUAUAUAUAUUUAGAUAUAUAUUAUGUAUUCUGUAAAUAACAAUCGGGAGCUUUGUAAUUUAUGGAAUGAAAAUGAUUUUGUAAAUAUGGUACCUGCAGCUUGUUUUUACGCACCAUUGAUACAACAAAUUUUGCCUUUUUUUAAAAAAGCAAAUGUCUCUUUUCUUUUUUUAUACAGCUUUUAAAAACUAAUAAAAUAAAUGAUGC